UAUUCAGUGCACAGCGAUGAUGUCUUCCUCGCACAUUCAUCCUUGCCUUCAGUAUGCUGUCAGGUGUUCCGCGCAAGCUGUUGUCGAGGCUGCAGGCAAAGCCACCCGUCUGCAAUGUGUUGACGCGAUGCCUCCGUAGCUUCGCGGUUCGAAAGCGUUGAUGUGGGUAGUUUAGCAUAGCGAAUGUUACAAAAUGAGGUAUUACACGUGCAACCGAAGACUAAACGCCUCUCGUUAGCGGCCUUGGUACCAUGGAAGACAGCGGGAUCGACAGUGAUUCCAAGACGAACAGCUGUAAUGGUGGCGAUCGGCCGCAGCAAGAUCUACCGGUUCCUGUGAAGACAUUGGAUGGCUGUGAAGCGGACAUGAACGAAGCAGAAGGCGCUGAGAAAAAACCACAGGAGGCACCGCCAGAAGAACCGCAGAAGACGCCUCAGGAGCAGGCUGCAUCAAAGUCGAGAGCCCUUCAACUCCAUAGACGAUUAGAGCGGCACAUACAGCAGUCAAAGAAAAUUCGGCAGCAGACACGAAAUGCGUGCAUCGACACUCAGCCCAAAAAGACACUCCUACCACGAAGCAGGCUUCCUGUGCCCAACAAAGGCCAAGGGUCAACUGCUCAGCCAUCAGGAGACACUGAGCCUUUGGUUACAUGGAAGUCUGACAGUGAAGAGGAUUUCGAAUUUCAGCCCACUUCUAAGGCAGCUGCCCGUGAAAUCACUCAACAGCUGAUUAGAGAUGGGUAUGAUCUUGACCUGACCCCUGACGAUGAUGAUCUGGACCUUAUUCCACCAAAACCACUGACUCAAAGGUGUUCCUGCUGCAACCCAUCUCAGACAUGCUCCAUUAUGUGACCAGCUGUUGUUACUUUGCUGACAUGAGUAUUUCUAUGUGGAAAAGACAAUCUUUUUCUGAUAGGAGGCCAUGGGGUGCAGGUGUGAAUGGAUUGACUGCCGGUUUAACAUUCCAUAUUUUUUUCUGCUGCUGCUGCCACUAGCUACAUUCGUGUAGUUGCAGCAGCUAUAGUGGAUGAACUUAUGAUGUACCGUGAUGAUUGUUGUACGAAAUUGCACAAAACUCGAAAUUUUCUUUGCUGCCUUCCUCCUAGUCACCAGGGGAUGCUUCAAAUCUCAAAGCUGUUAUUAGAUGAUUCCACUAUGUUCAGUGGCAGGCAUUGUGUGAGCCUCAUUGCUUUUAACUGCCCUCCACUUGCCAGGGGUGUGCUUCAAGUUUUUGGACCCUGGCUCCUGAACUUGCUCAUAAUGUGCAAUUUAUUUAAUUGCAAAAAAUUGCGGAAUCUCUCCAUUUGCAAUUCUGUAUAUAAUGCCCACUAUGCUUUACUAAGACAGAAAAUUCUACUAUAUGUGCUGUGAUACAUUUGUUCAGCAUUGCACUUGAAUAAUGGUAUUGCACAGAAGAUUGGGCAGUAGUAGAACCUCGCUUGUUAUAAGGGCGACCUACGUCUGUGGCCGUAUGGCACAUUUUCACGCCGUGACACAAUUUUAGAUUACAUAGCAAAUUGGACACAAAUGUUGCCACCAUAGGGAAUGGCGCAAUGAUGCAUUAAUUUUUCGGAGCCGAUAAGGUGAUUUGUGCGGCGUUACUGAAGUGCUUAUAGCCCUGCACAGCUAAAUUCGAACCUGAGAGCAGUAUUAGAGUCGCAUGAUGUGAAACCUUUGUCAGCAGUCUUUAUGAGACAAAGGCUUUCUAUUUUGCACCAGUCUUGCCAAUUACCUUUGAACACAUGAACCGAGUUGUCGGGUAGCACAGGCUAAGCUGAAACGUUUUGCAUUUUACUGUAGAUUUCUGUUGUAGUCAAGGUCGUGUACGUUAGUCAAGGCAUCAUCGUGGCAGAAUCUUCACAAUGCCAGCAUUGUUUAAUGUUUGUAGAAAACAUUUCAGUGCCAAAACAAUUUUUACACCAGAACUAAAACAUUGCUUGAUACUCCUUUCUUGCCCUUAGUAGAGCCACGUAAGUUUAGCGAGUGAUUUUCUAUGUGGACGUCAGACUGUUUGAACUUAACUAUGUAUUGAUUUGUAUUUCAAAUUUAAGUCAAGUGGCACACGAAAUUAUGUGCUUUAAGUAUUUGAUGCUGGAACCCGCACUGCUAGUUCGCGAAAGCAAAGUUUAUCCUCGUUAUUCUGCUACAAUUGUGUUUGAAUUGAAUAAUCUGCACUUCCUUAAAACCAUGCAUUUAUCGACAUUUGGUACUCGCAAAAUGUUUCAUGACACUCAUUAUGCUUGCACUUAUGAGUGUUAGCCAAAAGAAUGGCCCUUCACAUGUGUGCAUAGCAGCAAAUGUCACCAGUCUUUGCCAUUAGCAGUUCAUUCACACAUCAACCUAUAGUUGUCAUUACUGUAGUGAUCUGUUUUACUGAUCUGUGCGGAACAGCUUUGGUCAUGUGAAUGUAAGAGUAACUUGAAAAGUUACUCUUGGAUGUGCUAAAAAUUCGUAAAAUGAUGCGAUUCUGUGUAUACUCAUUGCACUGGUUGAAACGACAGGAUCUGUGCACAGCGCUAACAUCGUUCUUAUGAAGAGUUUUAUUAUUCUGACACUCGGUGACACUACAAUUGUGAGUUGAUGCUUGUGCAUGGCAUGCUUUGUUCAUGUGAGCUUCAUCAGUAUUGUAUUGCUUCAGAACAUUUCCAUUUACUCUAGUCAUUGCCUUAUACGCAAUUUACUUGGCCACCUUGGGCGCAUAUGUUUUUACGUAACUGUUAUGCAUUAAAAAUGUGGUAUUUCGA